AAGAUUUCAAAGACUCCAUUUAUCCUUUUUUUUUUCUUUAAAUACCCACUGUUUUUUAUCGUAUUCAUGAACUGUCUCUGCAACUAAUUUUGUUCCCUGUAUCCGCACAGUAUAUAAAAAUCGUAUUUUUAUAGUUUAUACACAUAUUUUCUCUGCAACUUUUAUUGGGUUUUGAUCAUUUGGCCAUGGCUUCCCAAAAGAAGCAGUGCAUCCUUGUUACAGGGGGUGCUGGUUUCAUUGGAACCCACACUGUGCUUCAGUUGUUGAGGGAGUAUUACAGGGUUUAUAUCAUUGAUAAUUUGCAUAAUUCAGUUCCUGAAGCUGUUGAGAGGGUUAAGGUUUUGGCUGGUCCUGCACUCUCUGCAAAUCUCCAUUUCCAUGUGGGGGAUCUUCGAAAUAAGGAUGAUUUGGAAAAGGUUUUCACUCAAGCGAGAUUUGAUGCCGUUAUCCAUUUUGCUGGACUAAAGGCUGUUGGAGAGAGUGUGGAGAAGCCCUUCUUUUAUUACGAUAACAAUAUAGUUGGAACUCUCAACUUGUUUGAAUUGAUGACGAAGUAUGACUGCAAAAAGAUGGUCUUCUCUUCUUCGGCUACAGUUUAUGGCCAGCCCAAAAAGAUUCCAUGUGUCGAGGACUUCCAGCUACAAGCGAUGAAUCCUUAUGGACGUACAAAGCUAUUUCUCGAGGAGAUUGCUCGUGACAUUCAGAAAGGAGACCCUAAAUGGAGAAUCGUGUUGCUAAGGUAUUUUAACCCUGUUGGUGCCCAUGAAAGUGGCCAAAUUGGCGAAGAUCCAAAGGGCAUUCCAAAUAAUCUUAUGCCAUACAUUCAACAAGUAGCUGUUGGCCGAUUACCAGAGCUAAACGUAUUUGGAAAUGAUUACCCAACCAAGGAUGGGACUGCGAUCCGCGAUUAUAUCCAUGUCAUGGACUUGGCUGAUGGCCAUGUUGCUGCUCUCCAGAAGCUUUUCAAUACUGAGAAUAUAGGUUGCAUUGCUUACAAUUUGGGGACUGGGCAUGGUGCAUCUGUUCUUGAUAUGGUUGCAGGGUUUGAGAAAGCAUCUGGAAAGAAAAUUCCCAUUAAGUUCUGCCCGAGGAGGCAGGGAGAUGCCACGGCUGUUUAUGCAUCCACAGAAAAGGCUCAGAAGGAACUUGGUUGGAAGGCAAGAUAUGGGAUUGACGAGAUGUGUCGUGACCAAUGGAACUGGGCCAGUAAGAAUCCAUGGGGAUACCACUCCCAGCACCCUUAAAGACAUGUUUCCUCCACAACCUUGACUAUUCACUAAUCACUAAUCAUGCUAUUUUAGACAGCAGAUUGUGGCUUUAAUGGAUAGCCCUGCUAUCCCUCAUCAGAAUAAAUCUGCAGCAAAAAGAACUUCAAAUUCAGCCUUUAAUUACUUUGUUUUUUCUGAUCUGGGCGAUCCUCCUAAUGCUUUUUAUAUUCAUGAAUAAUUUAUGGUUCUUGUUUCGAGUUUAAAAAUAAUUUAAUUUUAGAACUUUUUUGGGGUU